GUGCCUGGCACCUGUGCGGCGGGCGGGGCGCGCUGGCCGCCGCUCGGGCCCGGCGCUGCGGGAGCGGCGGAGGCGCAACAGGUCCGCGGAGCCGAGCGCAGCCCGGCCGUGCCCAUGGCCGGCCGCGGGCCCGAGCAGGGCUACAUCCGCACCGUGCUGGGCCAGCAGAUCCUGGGCGAGCUGGACAGCUCCAGCCUGGCGCUGCCCUCCGAGGACCGGCUGAAGCUGUCGGGAGAUCGCGCCGGGGAGGAGAAGGCGCUGCGGAUCCACCGGCAGGUCCAGCAGACGCUGGCCAGGAAGAGCCGGGGCUCGCUGUACAAUGGCAGCCUGCACCGUGCAUCCAGUGUACCAGAGCGUGUCUAUAACAUGGGGAUCACUGAGAAUGAUUUUGCACCAAGGUCUCCCUACAGUUUCUCAUAUUACCAGGCAAACCAGGUUGCCUCCCCAUCCUCUUACACCAAUGGCUGGGGGACAAGGAUUGCUUACAGGACGAUGGAAGAGAGGGCUCAGAGGCAGCCUCUGAAGAGACUGGAGGUUUCUCCCCAGCGAAAUCCAGAAAGGCUGGCGUACGUGCCCAACGAUUUUCACUACGACGGAGGGAUUUCAGCUGGGUUCUCCGUGAGGCACGGAGAUGGCCUGAGAUCCAGCGGGACUGUGCCGCCGAGAUACGCUCGCUCCGAGAUCGUCGGGUACACCCUGCGCGACUCCGUGCACAGGGGACGCUCCUUCAAGAGGCAGUCGCACACGGGGGCUGCCAGCGAUGCUCUCCUUGACGGUGCCUACCCCAGCCCCGCUGUCCCUCUGUACCACCAGCCUGGCAACAGCCGCAGCAUGAGCAACCUUCUGGAGAAGGAAAACUACCUGGCCUCGGAGAGCGCCAUGGGACAAGUGAGGUCCCCGACCGCGUCCCGCUUGUCUCAGAACAGGCAGUCUGUGAGGUCCAGCUUCUACCAAACCGCCUUCAGAAACACCCAGAGCAGGAGGGAGGCGUCCCAGCCAGCUUCCAUAGCCAGUGUCACUGCAGAAACGGAUGGGAAGAGGAUGCCAGUGACAGCUGCUGUGGCUGCAGCUGGGAGAAAUGGUUUCCUGCAGAGCGAGCAAGCGACCCUCAAUGGAUCUCAGCUGGGGAGCCCAGAAGUGGAGAUGACCCUGGAGCGUGCAGUGAACAUUCUGAAGAGUGAAAACACACAGUCCACCCCCAGGAUCCUUGCUGCAGUGACUUUCAUACAGCAUGAGUGCUUCCAAAAAGCAGAUGCCAGGAGAAAAGUUUUCUCACUUGGUGGUAUCCCCAGACUUCUACAGCUGCUUGAGGUUCAGAAUGAGGACAUUCAGCGGGCAGCGUGUGGUGCUCUGAGAAACUUGGUGUUUGAGGACAAUGACAACAAACUGGAAGUGUCAGAGCAGAAAGGGAUCCCACUCCUGCUCCGCCUGCUCCGCCACUCCAGGGACAUAGAGACUAAGAAGCAAAUCACAGGUUUGCUGUGGAAUCUGUCCUCCAACGACCAGCUGAAGCACCUCUUGGUUAGAGAAGCCCUGCAGACACUGACCCAAGCUGUCCUCAUCCCCUACUCAGGUUGGCCAGACAGAGAUUACCCAAAAUCAAGUGUUCUACCCGACCCUGAUAUCUUCUACAAUGCCACAGGAUGCCUGAGAAACAUGAGCUCUGCUGGCCCAGAAGGAAGGAAGAAGAUGAGAGAAUGUGAGGGCUUGAUUGAUUCUCUUGUGUAUUAUAUCCAAGGAGCUAUUGCAGACCAUGAACCCAAUGACAAGGCCACAGAGAACUGUGUGUGCAUUCUUCACAAUCUUUCCUACCAGCUAGAGAUAGAGCUCCCUGAGAGCUAUGCCCAGAGUAUAUACGUACAAAGAAGAAAUAUUUCUAACAAUGACAAAACACCAGGCUGUUUUGGAACACGGAGCAGAAAAGUAAAAGAGAAGCAGCAGGACACCCCGCUUCCUGAGGAAAAGAGCAAUCCCAAAGGUGUUGAAUCGCUCUGGCAUUCUACACUGAUUAGGAUAUACCUCUCCUUAAUAGCAAAGAGUACCAGAAACUACACCCAGGAAGCAUCCCUGGGAGCUCUCCAGAACCUCACAGCUGGCACCGGACCAAUGCCAUUCGCAGUGGCCCGGGCUGUCGUUCAGAAGGCAAACGGGCUCCCGAGCGUCCGCGCCAUGCUGCACGUCAGCCACCCCGCCGUGAGGAGGACAGCCGUGUCCCUGCUCAGGAACCUGUCCCGAAACGCCUCCCUCCAAAACGACAUAGCCAGAGAAGUCCUGCCUGACCUCGUGUCAGUGCUGCCCGAGAGCAUGCCAGGCUCUGAGGUGGCCUGUGAAACCACAGCAUCCAUCUGCUACACCCUGUUCAACCUGACCCAGGGCAGCUCGCACAACGCCCGGCUGCUCCUCAGCACCCACGGCCUGCCCAAGCUCAUUGCCAUCAGCAUCAAUGACAGCAAUAUGUUCAGCAAAGCCAGCAGGGCUGCUUCAGUCCUCCUCUACUCCCUAUGGUUACACACCGAUCUCCACAGCGCCUACAAAAAGGCUGACUUCAAGAAGGCAGAUUUCAUCAACAGCCGGACCACAAAAGCCUACAACUCACUGAGAGAUUGAAUCAGAGCAUUACACCAGGGAAAACAAGCUCAUACAGCAGCCACUGCAACCAUCUUCACAGGGCUGGUGUCACCAUCAUGACCCACAAAGUACCUCAGAAAAAAAGGAGCUGAUUUUCUAUAAAGACAUGAGUGGCCAGAGAGUAGUUUUUUUGAGUUUUUAAUCCUUAUCACCUCGUUGUCACUGACAACAUCAAUUCCAGUAUAUCAACAUCAAUACGAAUGUCAAUACAAGAAUAAUCAAAGAUGGAUUCUCCAGCAUGUCUGAGGUGAAGUUUCAUCCAGGUUUACCACGAGUCAAAGCUCCAGAUGACUGCCUUUGUUCUAAACAGAGGACUUUGAAAUGCUGGUGGGCAGAAAAUUCUUUUCAGACUGUUUUAUACCAAAAGUUUUCUACAGUGGGUAAGCAUCAAGUGCACUGCUCAGAAUUUAGUAGAUUUUCACUCUUUUGUUUCUUCACACAGCUGAAUAAGAAUCUCCAGACUCUAUGAGUAUGCACAAGAAGCUGUUUCACUACAUGAAUUAUAAAAGCACCAAUGAAGUUUAAAUUACUAUUUUUGUACUGCUUGUUUUCAUGGGCCCACUGGUUCUUAAGCCUCUUUCCUCUGAGAUUUCAUCAGCAACAGCAGCAAAACUGAUUUUACAUAGAUCUUACCAUCCCUUGCUCCUCUCAUCCUCCCUCACAUGGCUGUUGCAUUUUACAACCGUGUCCAGAAAGGAUUUUAACUAGAAACCACUAGGUUUAAGGCACUGUGUUUCAGACACUUUGAGCUGAACUUAAUCUCAUCAUUCUUUGCUAGUUGGUGGAGAAAUUAUUUGUGGGUGUUUCAGUGAUUAUUUUAAGAAAAUUGCAAUUUCAAAACAAUUCUGUUGAUAAUCUAUAUAUAAUAAGGGGAGUGGAGUCUUGCCUUUAUAUUUGAAGUAACAGACACACACAAGAGGGUGGGCUCUGUGCUGAUUGAGGAAUUAAUCUGAUCCUGCUUCAUAUUCUCUUACUUGAAAUGAUCAUCCUCCCUACAGCAAUUACAUGCAAUGUGAUAACUUUGGGACUGUGCCUGCACAAGUGGGAAUAGGUAAUAGGAGGGGAAAAAAAUUCCUGAGGACCUGAAGGCUCAGGUUUUCAUUAUAUGAUGCUCAAGAUGGUAAAGAAGCACUUAAAAAACCCCACCUGCUACAUUUAGUAAGUCAGAUUUUUCUCAAAAAAAACCCCGCAAACCCAGGGGUUAGACUGUCCAUUAAACCAGCAAGAAAUUCUUAUAUAAAUACUGGGUUAUCAGCAGAUGUGAGCUGGCAUUCUCUGAAAUCAGGGGAAGUGAGCUACCUUUAUGGCAAUGGAUAUUUUGUGUAUUUACAAGCCCUGCUACUCCAACAGAGCCCAUCCUGUGCCCUCACUGCUGAACAGCUGCUCUUGUCCAGAAGGAGAUGCAACAUCCUUGGAGUAGGGACCUCACAGGGGAGGUCACCAGCCCUCUUCAUUUCAACACUCCUGGCUAAAGGUCUGGCUCCUAUCAGAAAUUUAGAACCAGUGGGUUCUACCAUUGCACCAUGUCCAAACAUAUUUCUGGAUAUCUGGGAGCUAAAUUCUGCUGGCAGAUGCCCACAGUUCUCCAAGGAGUCCCAGAAAGUCCCACACGUGCACACAGGACAGAAUGUGCCCCAGGGAGGGAAGCAAACAACACUGCCUUCCUGUCACUGAUCAUUUUCAGAGGGCUGUUACUCCUCCACAUUUGCUUCGAAUAACUCAAAUCAAAUGCACUCCAGUAGGAGGUUUUAAAAAUACUAUUAUUUUUUGUAGGAUGUCAUAUUCAAAAUACUGCAGGUCCAAAAACAACACCGGGAAAGGGAACUUACAGCACCGCAUGUUGAGGGAAUUGUUUUUAUAACUUUUUCAAAUAUGAUAGAAAACAGACAAUUAAAAUCCAGCUUUCUCUUCUAACUUGUUAACCCAAGUAACUCUGCUUGUGCCAUGAAAGAAUGAAUACCAACAAACCUGGACAAGUCUCCUUUUAUUGCCCAAAAAAAGUGGUAGGCAAAAUUAAUACAGAAAGGGUAAACCUGAAUACAAAGUAGCAUAGGAAUGAAGAAUUGCAGUGUAAAAGAUCAUUUUUAGAAAUGCUCAUGCAUUUAUUUUUAUUAAACUCACAUGCUAUUUAAGAAACAAAACAAGCAAUGGUGUUGGGUACUUUUAAAUAUAUGUGUACCUCUCAGUAAGAUGUCCUUAAAAAGGAAAUACAGAGUUUUUGGGUUGUUUACAUUGAUGCAGUGAUUUAAAAGGUUUUGUUUUCAAUCAAAAUGAAUCUAUGAUAGUGCCCCUUUAAAAUCAAAGCAGUGUUCAAAAGUCACAAAGAAUUAUCUCAGACCUGGCAGCAACACAAGAAACAUGAGACACGCCUUAUUACAACUGAUCUCCUACUUGUAUGCAAUCAAAAACAUUUCAGCAGGACUCCAAAGAAAACAAAGCAGAGAAAUAAUAAAGUGCUCUCUCUAAUGCAAAAAA